GGGUUUUUUUUUUAUUGUGACACUACAAGCGACGUUUAUUGUGCAUUAAUUUUAGUUAAAUUCGUUUUUAAGCAUAUAGUUUAAUUAUUUAAUUUAUUACGAUGGCCGAAUUUCUGGACUCGGAGGCCGAGGAAUCUGAGGAGGAGGAAGAAUUGGACGUGCACGAGCGCAAGAAACUAAAGAAGCUGAAGGCCGCCGUAUCCGACAGCAGCGAGGAGGAGGAAGACGACGAAGAACGACUGCGCGAGGAGCUGAAGGAUCUGAUCGACGACAAUCCCAUCGAGGAGGACGAUGGCAGUGGCGAUGACUCCGACACGGGAAGCGGCGGCGACGACGAGGGCGGCGGGAGCGGCAAAAAGCGGAAAAAGCACGAGGAUGAUGAUCUGGAUGAUCGACUGGAGGACGACGACUAUGAUCUGAUUGAGGAGAAUCUGGGCGUGAAAGUCGAAAGAAGGAAACGGUUUAAACGUCUGCGGCGCAUCCACGACAACGAAAGCGAUGGCGAGGAGCAGCACGUGGACGAGGGUCUGGCGAGAGAACAGAUCGCCGAGCAGCUGUUCGAUGAGAACGAUGAGAGUAUUGAACACCGCAGCGAACGAAGUCCUCGGGAGGUGGACGCCUUCGAUGAGGAGGACUCGGAGUCGGAUGCGGAUGACUUUAUUGUGGACGACAAUGGUCGGCCCAUAGCCGAGAAGAAAAAGAAGCGUCGUCCCAUCUUCACGGAUGCAUCCCUGCAAGAGGGCCAGGAUAUCUUCGGUGUGGACUUCGACUAUGACGACUUCUCCAAGUACGAGGAGGACGAGUACGAGGAUGACUCCGAGGGCGAUGAGUACGACGAGGAUCUGGCCCCUGGGGAGGAGGGACGCGUCAAGAAGAAAAAGGCCUUGAAGAAGAAGGUGGCCCGGAAGACGAUAUUUGACAUUUAUGAGCCGAGCGAACUGAAGCGCGGCCACUUCACCGACUUGGACAAUGAGAUACGAAAAACGGACAUACCGGAGCGGAUGCAGUUGCGCCAGGUGCCGGUGACACCGGUCCCAGAGGGCUCUCAUGAGCUGGACGAUGAGGCCGAUUGGAUCUAUCGGUUCGCCUUCUGCAAGCAGACCGUGUCCGAGCAGGAGAAGGCCGACAACCGGGAGAAGCUGCGAAAGCCGCCGACCGCCGUCAAUAAGAUUAAACAGACCCUGGAGUUCAUCCGGAACCAGCAGCUGGAGGUGCCGUUCAUCGCCUUCUACCGGAAGGAGUACGUCAAGCCGGAGCUGAACAUCGACGACCUGUGGAAGGUGUACUACUUUGACGAGCGCUGGUGCCAGCUGAACGAACGGAAGCGCAAGCUGAAGGCCCUCUUCGAGAAGAUGCGACAGUUCCAGCUGGACACGCUGUGCGCCGAUCCGGACAAGCCGCUGCCCGACGACAUCCGGCUGAUGCAGGACAGCGAUUUCGAGCGCCUAGCCGACGUCCAGUCGAUGGAGGAGCUGAAAGACGUGCACAUGUACUUCCUGUUGAACUAUUCCCACGAACUGCCCCGGAUGCAGGCCGAGCAGCGACGCAAGCUGCUGCAGGAGCGGCGCGAUGCCAAGGCCCGUCGCCAGGCGGCCGCCCUAGAGAACGGUGACCAUGGUGCGGACGGUGCUGCCGUUACGCUCCCCGAUCCCGACGAGGAUGAUGACCCGGAACUGGUCGACGAUCAACUGAAGCAGGCGCCCAACAGCAGUCCGUAUGCGGUGUUCCGGAAGGCGGGCAUCUGCGGAUUCGCCAAGCACUUCGGUCUCACGCCGGAACAGUUUGCGGAGAAUCUGCGGGACAACUACCAGCGGAACGAGGUCACCCAGGAGAGUCUCAGCCCCACGGAGCUGGCCAAGAAGUAUCUGUCGCCGCGCUUCAUGACCGUCGACGAUGUCCUGCACGCCGCCAAGUAUGUGGUCGCCCGGCAACUGGCCCAGGAGCCACUCCUCCGCAAAACGAUGCGCGAAGUGUACUUCGAUCGGGCGCGCCUGAACAUCCGGCCGACCAAGAACGGCAUGGUCCUGAUCGACGAGAACUCACCGGUGUAUUCCAUGAAGUAUGUGGCCAAGAAGCCGGUGGGCGAUCUCUUCGGCGACCAGUUCAUCAAACUGAUGAUGGCCGAGGAGGAGAAGCUGCUGGAGAUCACCUUUCUGGAGGAGUUCGAGGGCAAUGCGAAUGCCAAUGGACCGCCCGGCGAUUAUGUCGAGGAGGCCAAGACCCUGUACCAUCUCGAUCAGUUCUCCAAGCAUGUCCUCGAAUGGAAUGCCCUUCGCGCCGAGUGCGUCAAGCUGGCGCUGCAGAAGUGGGUCAUUCCCGAUCUGAUCAAGGAACUGCGCGCCACCCUGCACGAGGAGGCGCAACAGUUCGUGCUGCGUUCCUGCACCGCCAAGCUCUACAAGUGGCUCAAGGUGGCGCCCUACAAGCCGGACCUGCCCUCCGACUACGGCUACGAGGAGUGGAGCACGUUGCGCGGCAUCCGUGUCCUGUCACUGGCCUACGAUCCGGACCAGUCGGUGGCCGCUUUUUGUGCCGUCACCACCGUGGAGGGCGAUAUAUCCGACUACCUCCGGCUGCCGAACAUCCUCAAGCGGAAGAACUCGCACAACGCCGAGGAGAAGUCCCAGAAGCUCCAUGAUCUCCGGAAGCUGAGCGAUUUCAUCAAGAUGAAGAAACCGCAUGUGGUGGUGAUCGGUGCCGAGUCCAGGGACGCACAGGCCAUUCAGACCGACAUCAAGGAGAUCCUCAAGGAGCUGGAGACCUCCGAACAGUUUCCGCCCAUCGAGGUGGAGCUGAUCGACAACGAGCUGGCCAAGAUCUAUGCCAAUUCGAAGAAGGGCGAGUCCGACUUCAAGGAGUAUCCCGCCCUGCUGAAGCAGGCCGUAUCCCUGGCCCGCAAGAUGCAGGAUCCCCUCGUGGAGUACUCACAGCUGUGCGAUGCCGACGACGAGAUCCUCUGCCUCCGGUACCAUCCGCUGCAGGAGCGGGUGCCGCGGGAGCUGCUGCUCGAACAGCUCAGCCUGGAGUUCAUCAAUCGGACGAGCGAGGUGGGCCUGGACAUCAAUCUGAUGGUGCAGAACUCGCGGACGGUGAACCUCCUGCAGUACACCUGCGGCCUGGGACCGCGCAAGGGCCAGGCCCUGCUGAAGCUGCUCAAGCAGAGCAACCAGCGCCUGGAGAACCGCACCCAGCUGGUCACCGUCUGCCAUCUGGGGCCCAAAGUGUUCAUCAACUGCAGCGGCUUCAUCAAGAUCGAUACCUCGUCCCUGGGCGACAGCACCGAGGCGUAUGUGGAGGUGCUGGACGGAUCUCGGGUGCAUCCCGAGACAUAUGAAUGGGCCCGCAAGAUGGCCAUCGAUGCGAUGGAGUACGAUGACGAGGAGACGAAUCCGGCCGGGGCGCUCGAAGAGAUUCUGGAGUCGCCGGAACGCCUCAAGGAUCUCGAUCUGGACGCGUUUGCCGUGGAGCUGGAGCGCCAGGGAUUCGGCAGCAAGAGCAUAACCCUGUACGACAUCCGGAACGAGCUGAGUUGCCUGUACAAGGACUACCGGACGCCGUACACCAAGCCCAGCGCCGAGGAGCUCUUCGACAUGCUGACCAAAGAGACGCCCGACUCGUUCUACGUCGGCAAGUGUGUCACCGCCAUGGUGACCGGUUUCACCUAUCGGCGGCCGCAGGGCGAGCAACUGGACAACGCCAAUCCGGUGCGGAUCGAGUCGAGCGAUAGCUGGCAGUGCCCCUUCUGUCACAAGGACGACUUCCCCGAACUGGCCGAGGUGUGGAAUCAUUUCGAUGCGAAUGCCUGUCCUGGGCAGGCGUCCGGAGUGCGAGUGCGACUGGAGAACGGCCUGCCGGGCUUCAUUCACAUCAAGAAUCUGUCCGACAAGCAGGUGCGCAAUCCCGAGGAGCGGGUGCGCGUCUCCCAGAUGAUCCACGUCCGGAUCAUCAAGAUAGACAUCGAUCGGUUCUCGGUGGACUGCUCCUCGAAGACGGCCGACCUGAAGGACGUGAACAACGAGUGGCGGCCGCGUCGGGACGCCUUCUACGACUUUGUGACGGAGGAGCAGGACAACCGGAAGGCCAGCGACGCCAAGGCCAAGGCGCUGAAGCGGAAGACCUACGCCCGGCGGGUCAUCGCCCAUCCCAGCUUCUUCAACAAGUCGUAUGCCGAGGUGGUGGCCAUGCUGGCGGAGGCGGAUCAGGGCGAGGUGGCUCUCCGGCCGAGCAGCAAGUCCAAGGAUCAUCUGACCGCCACAUGGAAGGUGGCCGACGACAUCUUCCAGCACAUCGAUGUGCGGGAGGAGGGCAAGGAGAACGAGUACAGCCUGGGCCGGAGUCUGUGGAUUGGAACGGAGGAGUUCGAGGAUCUGGACGAAAUCAUUGCCCGCCACAUCACUCCGAUGGCUCUGGCCGCCCGGGAGCUGAUCCAGUACAAGUACUACAAGCCCAAUACGUGUCCCGUCAAUGGCAAUGAACGUGAUUUCAUGGAGGGCAUACUGCGCGACGAGAAGACUCGGGAUCCCAAGAAGAUCCACUACUUCUUCACCGCCUCGCGGAGCAUGCCCGGCAAGUUCCUGCUCUCCUACCUCCCCAAGACGAAGGUGCGGCACGAGUACGUCACCGUCAUGCCGGAGGGCUAUCGCUUCCGUGGCCAGAUCUUCGACACGGUCAACAGCCUGCUGCGCUGGUUCAAGGAGCACUGGCUGGACCCGACCGCCUCGCCGGCGAUGAACUCCCUCAGCGGCUCCAACUCCACGCCGUUGCACAGUCACAGCAUGCGUCCGCCGCCGGCCAUGUCCGCCAUGUCGUUGGCGUCUGGCGGCGGGGGUUCCGUGUCCGGUUCCAUGGCGCCCUACAGCAUAACCGGCAGCGUCUCGGGCGGCACACCGCGCAGCGGUAUCAGCAGUUCCGGAGGUGGCGGCGGCGGCGGCGGUUCCAGCGCCUACUCCAUAACCCAGACCAUCGUGGGCUACGGGCCGUCGUCCAUUGGUUCGGCGGCGGCAUCGGCGGCAGCAGCAGCAGCGGCCGCUGCCGCCUCGGCCGGCAGCCACUACGGCAGCUCGUCCACGCCCUCGUUCGGGGCGAUCAUCAACACCCCGUACACGCCCAGCGGCCAGACGCCGUUCAUGACGCCCUACACGCCGCACGCCUCCCAAACGCCCCGCUACGGCCACAACGUGCCCAGCCCCAGCUCGCAGUCGUCGAGCAGCCAGCAGGGCCAUCACUACGGCGGAUCGGGACGCGGCGGCACGCCCAGGUAUUACGAGACGAGCGGCAGUGGCAGCGGCAGCGGCAGCAACUCCAAUUCCAACUACAACAUGCCGCCGCAUCACCAGCAACGGGCCAAAGAGAACCACGACUGGCAGCUGGCUAACGAUUCCUGGGCCCGGCGCAGGCCACCGCCCUCCCAUCAGCAUCAGCAGCAGCCGGCGGCACAGCAGCCGAUCGGUGGAAUGGGCAUGGGCAUGGGAUUGGGGAUGAGUUUAGGUAUAGGAUCGGGUGGUGGCACUGGCGCGGGGGGAGGUGGUGGUAGUGCAGGAGGAGCUGGUGGCUAUGGCAACGAUUACAACAGCAAUCGGGGCAUGGGCAUCAAUCUGGGACAUGGCACCUCGGCGGUAUCCUCCAAGUCAUCGGUGCGCAGUACGCCCCGGACGAAUACCUCGCCCCACUCGAUGAAUCUGGGCGAUGCCACGCCCCUCUACGAUGAGAAUUAGGGCACGAUAAGAUACACAAACACACAACAACAACAACAACAACAACAACAACAACAACAACAAAAAGUAAAAUAAACUACAAAAAAAAAAAUAUAAAUAAAAAUGAGAUCAGAUCAGAAGAGAAGAAAAGAGAUCAGAACAGAAAAUUAAGUUUAGAGUGCGAUUUUGGGCAUUGAUCCUCAAGGAUAUUUAGGAUUAAGUGCAAGCCGAUCCCGAUCCCGCGUCUAUAUAAUAUAAUACACUCUCUAUAUAUAUACCUCUAUAUAUAUAUAUAUAUAUAUAUGAUCCAGAAGCAGAAAGCCACAUAUAAUCGCAGACUGCGGGCGCCUCCUGCCCGCCAGUUUGGUUUUUGGGGGAAAGGAGUCCUCGGAUGGAGGACAGAUGGAUGUGCAGAUGUGCAGAUACCCCGGUUCCAAGGAGGGACUUUUGUGACUAAGGACGAAAAAUAAAUUUGAAUUUUUUCUGACCAGAA